AUGGAUUGGGAGUAUCUAUCCCCUCUCGACCAGAUUCUUCCGCGGAUGUACUUUGGCGAGAUCCUCUGCUUUCCUUCUACGGAUCCAAAUUUCUUCUCCAUUCUGCAGCAUGGGUUGAGAAAAGUUGCAGCCAUCGUUCCGCAUUUGACGUCCUUUGUUGUGGAUGAUGAUACCCGGCCCGGGAACAUCCGACUUGAACACAAACGCGAUGCCAUUGACAACAUUUUGGUGUAUGGUCAAGAUUCGCCGGAAGAAAUACUCGAUUAUGACACUCUGAAAAGGACCUCAUUUCCCAUCUUCCCGCAAUCAUCUCUCUUCUAUCCGCAUAUCCCUGACGUACCACCGGUGGCCCCAUGGCCCGUCAUCCGGGCCGAAGUCACUCGAGUUCGUGGAGGCUUCAUGCUCGUAGUAUUAGUUCAUCAUUGCGUUUUUGAUGGACUCGCGUUAUCCGAGCUGCUCGGUAUGUGGGCUACUUCUUGUGCUCGUGGUGCAUUGGGACAGCCGUUGGAAAUCAGUCAAGCUCGUCUAAACCGGAGGCUGCUUCAAGGAGAAGACUCGAAACGGGUGCAUCCUCAGCCGGCGGACAUCUCCAGAGUCAUCAACAGAUUAUUUUCUCUAUCUCAAACUAUAUCACUAUUCACCCAAUCAUUUAAUCAAAUCUUAACCAAGCCUCCACAGCCUUCCUGGCCUAUAACCUUGUACCGUCUACCAUAUCAUAAGCUACGGGGUCUUAAACAAACCAUGAACAAGUUUGCUUCCAGCCUUGGGGUGCAAUUUCUAUCUACAAACGAUGUAGUAAGCGCUCUGAUAUGGAGCUGCGCUACGAUGGCAAUGAGCACCCCAUCCCAGCGCUUGAGUUUAAUAAGUCAUUGCUCGACCGGCGUAUCGGUCAAUAUUCGGUCAAGGAUCCAGCCACGUCUCCCAGACGACUUCCUUGGUUGUGCGUUUGGGGUUGCUUACAUUAAUAUGGCAAGGAGAAAGCUAUGUGCUGCCACUGAGGAGACCUCAUUUGAGUCCCUAGCUCGAGUGGCGGCUGCCAUACGCCACGGAGUGGAUGGAAUAACCAAUAACAAAAUGAAAGAAAUAAUUAACUAUGUCGACUCCCAAGAAGAUUCAAGGAAGUUACAGUGGCGACCGAAGAAGCUGAAUCAGUUUUAUAUUACCAGUUGGGCGAAUCAACGCAUUUAUGAUGCCGACUGGGGCCCCCAAAUUGGAAAGUGCGAAGCUCUGCGAGUAGCGCAGAUAGCUCUUGCACCAAUGUGUGUAAUAUUACCAUCACGAGUGGGGGUUGGAUCAAAAGGUGGCAAGUGUGGCGAUGUUGAGUUGAUUGUGUCACUGGAGAGUUUGCACAUGGAGCGAUUGAGGAAAUUAAAGCUGAUGGGGAUGUUCGCAGAGAUAAUACAAUAG